CCUAGCUCGACCCUGUCCUGAGCAAUGUCAAAUAUGUUGGGAUUUCUUCACUUCGGUGCCUUUCUCGUCAUCUCUCUUGUGUGAUCAUGUAUCUGUACAUGAUUUCCUCAAUCGAUUGAGCCUUGUGCUUCAUGUUUCAUUAUGUUUUUGACUUGGGGUUUUGGAGCUUUGCUGCUCCUUCAUGGGGCUGCGGCGCACAAUCCUAAUGGCUUUCAAGCGUUUGGAUUGGCUCGAAGGGCGAAUGGGACUACGAUAUCGACAGCCUCGACGAGUGCGAGCAGUUCUUCUGCCUCGCCAUGUACAACGACAGUUACUUCGAUCGUGGGGCAACACCUUGAUGCUAUUGCAGGAUCAUGUCAGACCGUGACAGUUGUUUCGACGCUUCCAAUUCAAUCGACGACAGCAUCUUCGAUAGAGACUUCUCCGAAGCAGACGAGCCCAUCGACGACGGCAUCUUCGGUAGAGAGUUCACCGAGACAAUCAAGUCCAUCAACGACACCGACUUCCAUUUCCACAACACCGAAACUCACCGGAACUACGACCUCGGCUUCUUCGAUAACGAAAUCGGAUCUUGGAAGCACGGCUCUACAAUCGUCUAGCACUUCGACCUCCAUUGAGCUAGUAGCUCCAACCAGCUCGAUUUCGAUCAUCUCUACAAGUAGCACAGCUCAAAAUAAUGGGCAGACAAGCUCCCAAUCGCCCGCUAGUGUCAUGCCUCAAUGUACGGCUACGGUCACGUCAACGGUUGGGCAAGCUUUUAUUCCAGUGGCAGGAGUAUGCCCAUUCACCGUCACAAUUGUGACUAGUAUUGGUGGCAAUAUUGUCCAAUCAACAAGCAGUGGAGACCAGAUCGUCACACCUGCAUUCACGACUUCGGAUCAACAGACUACAAGUAUACUUACAACUUCAAGUCUUCUUCAAACAUCAAUUGGUCCUGUACCGGUUUCGACGUCGACUAGCAUUCCGCCAGUAUGGAUCUCCGAUGGCUCGAGUUCAGUUCAGGUUUCAGUGUCAACAGUAAUCUCGAAAGCUAGUACAGUGCCAGUGGAAACAACUCAAACUCCCAAUCAGACACCCGUGACAACACCCACGAGCUUUUCACAAUCACCAACUCAAUCAGGGUCCGCUUCCAACACUAUUGUCACAACGCAGACAACACAACCUGGUCAAGCACCUACCACUGUCACCACUGUCACCGAAUCCUCGACUCAAGUAACUACGGUACUUGGUUCAACUUCCUCAGCAGGUAUUCAACCCACAUCUCAGACUUCUCAAACUGGAAUUAUCGUGUCGACUGGGUCUGAAAUUACAAGUCCAAUCUCUCAAACUGUGCCUACAUCAACAGACUCUCAAGUCUCAACGCAGACAUCUCAGACAGGAGUUACUGUAUCAACAGAUACACAAACAACGGCGCCCCAAUCCACACCUUCCAGCUCGAUCGGCACACCAGUCUCUGUUUCUACCGAAACUUCCCAAUCAUUCUCGCAAGUAGGAACCUCGUCCGUACAAACAGAUUCAGCCACCGGAACCGCCUCACAAACAGCAACCCAACAAUCCUCCCCAACCCAAACACUCGCCUCCAACACCAACACAAACACCAACACCCCCUCCCCAACCACCCCAGCCAGCACAACAUCCUACGCCCCAAUCCUCUACGGCUCACAAACCCUCACCCGCGACGUAUCCUCGAACCUCAUCUUCGGCUCCCAAACUCUUUCCCCCGGAUCCGCAAUAACCGUUUCCGGCGAAGUAAUCUCAGCCGGCACUGGCGGGGCGAUAAUAAUCAACGCCGCGCCGCCUGCUACCACCUCCUCUUCCCCAUCAGCAGCCGUUAUAGUGGUUGGCGGAACAACCAUCACCGCUGCUAGUAACAGCGAUUUCGUCAUCGGCAGCCAGACUUUGACGCCUGGGGGCGCGAUCACGGAGAGUGGGGAGGUGAUUACGUUUCCAUCUUCUAUAUCUACACCUACGCCUACGCCUACGUCGGGGAAUACAUUAGUAACGAGCACGUUGAGUCUCGGCCAGCAAGGUCAACUCACGAGCGUGUUGAUCGGGGGCCAGACGUUGACUGCGGGUGGAGAGGUCACGGUCGGGGGCGACGUGUUGAGUUUGGCGAGUGGGACGGGGAAGGGACAGGCGACGGGGAUUGUGGUUGUUAGUACGGUGACGGUGAUGGGGAGUGCGCCGACGGCGAGUAAGAAGAGUGGUGCUGUGGGGAGCUUUUCGGUUUCGAGGGCGCUUGUUUGGGGGUUGGUUGGGGUUGUGGUUGUUUUGGGGUCGUUUUAAUGGGGGAAGUGCAUGGGCAUGGUGUUUAUAGAUGGAUGGAUGGAUGGAUGGAUGGGAUG